AUGAUGUUGUCGCAGAUGCGAUGCUGAUGUGAUGGGCUCUGUCCAAUAUUUAUUUAAUUGCAAUUCGUCUCCAUAUUCGGGUGACGUGUUUACCGUUCGAUAGUAUUCGAUUGCCGGCCCAUAAAUCCAGGCCAAAAGUAUAAAUAAAACCAAAGCCAGUGGGACGUAUUUUAGUCCGUUCUAAGUCCAGGUCCAAGAACAUGUUGCAGCAUAGUUUGGCUCUGCUGUUGUUUCUGGGCAUUUUUGCCGCCCUCCAGGCAGCGCCCUCAUCCUCCCCUGAGACUAAACGCGAGCAAUUAGUGCGGGUCUACGAGAUCAAUGAGGAGCAAUACGAGCGGGUCCUGCAACUGACCAAGGGAAAGAAUCUCAUUUCCGAGGCUCGGCUGAUCAACGGAGGAUUCGCCACUGUGAGUGAGACCCUCAGCUCCGGCUGGCACUCCCUUCUACGGAUUGUGGGUCUCACCACAAUCAGCAAGGCCGACGAGGCCGAGAAGAUCGACUUCGAUGGGCAGCCCUUGUGCGUGAUCAAAACGCGGGAGGGCGAACCCAUGGGCAGGGAUGAGGAAGUGGCCGACGCUCGCAGUCUGGACAGGGCCAUCGAGUCCGAAGACGAUGAGUCCGCCAUUCACUGCAUUGUGGUCCUUAAGAAAGACGAACAAGAGCUCCCUAGCCAGUCGCCCAAUCCAAGCUUCGCUGCUUACUGGAAUCCACCACAAACCACAGAAGAGUCCCCAGUGGUGAAGCAGACCCCUGGGUCUGAAUCCCCUGGGAUUCCUGAAUCGGAGGCAGAAAAAGAGGAUCCUGAGAAGGAAGAGCCUGAAACCACCUCCAUCGCUCCUCUUAAAAAGAAGAAGGGAAACAAGAGUAUCUACCCGAGUGAUGAAAGCACGGAAGAUGCCCGCCAAAUCCCAGGUGCUUACCCACUCCCACAAUAUGGAACACCCUAUCCUGGAAGCUAUGGAACCUACCCUUAUGGUCCCAGUCCCUACCCCGGAUCUUCUCCUUAUGGUCCUCAGCCUUAUACACCUCCCUAUGGCCAGUCGCCCUACGGCCCUUACGGUCCAUAUGGACCUCAGCUACCUUACGGUCCUCAACAACCCUACGGACCACCGCCACCACCUCCUCCGCAGCAACCACCCUACGUUAGUCCGUAUUAUCCCCAGCAGGUAUAUGGACCUCAGCCCUAUCCUGGUGCCUAUCCUUACCUAGACAAGGAAGGGCAAAAGGCGGAGGAAAAGGAAUACGAAGACCAGGAUGAGGAGGACUCCGAGGAGGAAGACGACUACAGGAAUCGUUACUAUUAUAAAAAGACAUAUGUACAGCAACCGUAUUAUUACCAACAGCAAUAA